GGAAAAAUACAACAACAGAGCUACAAAAAUAACAGCUUGAGGCAAUUGUUCUGCUGAGCAAAGUAGCAAGCUUAGCCCAAAGUCCAAAGAGCCCGGGGCAAGCAGAACUACUUCUCUGGACCAUGCAACAAGUAAGCAUUCGCCACUGGAUAGAAACUCCAGUACGCUAUAAGGAGAUGUUGGCAACAAGAGAUCUCCAAGACUGUUCUCUUCAUCACAUGUUAUUUGCUCUGCCAGGUCCUCAGUGCAGUGACCACAAGAAAAGAGAAGAUGGACAACUGGACGAUCAGCAGGAAGAAGAUGAUAAGUUUAAGGUGUUGUUGGAUGUUGUCCAAUUCCGCCCAGAGGACAUCAUUAUUCAGGUUUUUGAAGGGUGGCUCAUAAUCAAAGGCGAGCAUGGCUGCAGAAUGGAUGAACAUGGCUUCAUUUCACGGAGCUUUACCCGAACAUAUCAAUUACCAAAUGGAAUCGGUCUGACCGACUUGUCUGCAUUCUUCUGCCAUGAUGGAAUUCUAGCUGUGGAAGGCAAACAGAAGCAAGGACUUGCACUCAAAGGCUAGAAGAAUUGAACACUAUGCCAAGGCCCGAACUGGCAAUCUGUGGUUUCUGGCAAAUGCCAGAGGGGCUGCUGUAAGGUGCCAUAGACAGUCACUAUUAUUGGGCUGCUGGGGGGCCGUUUGGGCCCCUGCGUACUUGAUGCCAGGGCCUAUUUUGAAUCCCAGUCCAGAUCUGACAAUGCCCCACACCAAUCUAUUAUGUUCUAGAAUCAUCAAAUAAAUGUGUUGCUGGAUGUGCUAAUGUGCUGUUUCAGCUUUCAAUACUGUGUCAAAAAUGUUAAAAAUAUAUCUUUGUUUACUUAAUCUACUUUUUCUGAAAGGGCUAAGAAUAAAACCCAACUAUUGCA